AUGCCCAAGCGAAUCCUUUGCUCGUACGGCGUCGACGUCGAUGCGGUUGCCGGAUGGUUGGGGUCAUACGGAGGACAAGACUCGCCCAGUGAUAUAUCUCGUGGUCUAUUCGCCGGAACUCAUGGUGUUCGUCGAAUGCUCAAACUAUUCGACAAGUAUAAUAUCAAGGCCACAUGGUUCAUCCCCGGUCACAGUCUAGAGACGUUUCCCGAAGAAUGCGCCAUGGUUCGAGAUGCAGGUCACGAGAUUGGCCUCCAUGGUUACUCUCAUGAAAACCCCUCCGACAUGUCCCUUGAGCAGCAGCGAGAUGUGCUCGAUAAGACUCACAAGAUGUUGACCGAGUUCUGCGGAAAGCCUCCUCGCGGAUCAGUCGCUCCUUGGUGGGAGACUAGUAAAGAGGGCGUGGAUUUGAUGCUCAGCUAUGGCAUUGAGUACGACCAUUCCAUGUCUCACGAUGAUUGCCAUAUGUACUGGCUGAGAACAAACGAUACCUGGACCAAGAUUGAUUACACUCAAAAGGCCGAGACAUGGAUGAAGCCACUGAUCAAGGGUCAAGAUACAGGUCUUGUAGAGAUCCCCGCAAAUUGGUAUCUAGAUGAGUACGAUGAAUCCCGCUCUUUCGAUAGUAAACUUGUUAAAAGCCCAAACAGUCAUGGCUGGGUAAACCCGCGCGAUGUUGAGGAGUUAUGGAGGGACCAUUUUGACUACUUUUAUCGAGAUUAUGCCGACGACCCCGACGAGAUUUGUGUCUUUCCCAUAACCUGCCAUCCUGAUGUAUCUGGUCGCCCACAUGUUCUUCUGAUGCACGAGAGAUUGAUCGAGUACAUCAACAAACAUGAGGGCGUUGAGUGGGUCACAAUGGAGCAGAUGUGUGAUGAAUUCAAGAAGAAGAAUAAGCCUCCGAAGGGAGCUGUGAUGCCUAAAGCUCAACAGUGA